AAAAGAUGAAACUCGCAGGUCUGAAAUCGAUCGAGAACGCACACGAAGAUUCCGUUUGGGCGGCGACAUGGGUUCCGGCGACGCAAGAAAGACCUGCGUUGCUUCUGACUGGAUCUCUAGACGAGACGGUUAAGCUGUGGAAAGCGGACGAGCUGGAUCUUGUGAGAACCAAUACAGGACACUCCUUGGGAGUAGCAGCUGUGGCGGCGCAUCCUUCCGGAAUCAUCGCAGCGUCUUCUUCCCUCGAUAGCUUCGUCCGUGUCUUCGAUGUCGACACUAAUGCCACCAUCGCUGUUCUCGAAGCUCCUCCUUCUGAGGUUUGGGGUAUGCAAUUUGAACCUAAGGGUACAAUCCUUGCUGUUGCGGGUGGAAGUAGUGCCUCGGUGAAGCUUUGGGACACUGCGAGCUGGAGACUAAUCUCAACUCUAUCAAUCCCACGUCCUGAAGCACCAAAGCCUUCUGAUAAAACCAGUAGCAAGAAGUUCGUUCUCUCCGUUGCUUGGUCUCCUAACGGGAAACGUCUUGCUUGUGGUUCAAUGGAUGGUACCAUCUGUGUCUUUGAUGUUGAUCGCUCUAAGCUUCUUCACCAGCUUGAAGGGCACAACAUGCCUGUAAGGUCACUUGUGUUCUCCCCUGUAGACCCGAGAGUUCUCUUCUCAGGAUCAGAUGAUGGGCAUGUGAACAUGCAUGAUGCUGAAGGGAAAACGUUGGUGGGGUCCAUGUCGGGACAUACGAGCUGGGUGCUGAGUGUUGAUGCUAGCCCAGACGGUGGAGCUAUUGCAACAGGGUCGAGUGAUAGGACUGUGAGGCUGUGGGAUCUUAAGAUGAGAGCUGCUAUUCAGACAAUGAGUAACCAUAAUGACCAGGUUUGGUCUGUAGCGUUUAGACCACCUGGUGGAACUGGUGUCAGGGCUGGUCGUCUCGCUAGUGUCUCGGAUGACAAGAGUGUAUCGCUCUAUGAUUACUCAUAA